AAAGACAGACCAUUCAAACAACGAGAUUUUACUGGUUGGCAAGAGUCUCUGGAUCCUGAAAAACUUACCCUUUUAUCUUUAUUAAGUUUCCGUCGAAAAAAGAGUGAUUUUUCCUUUAGCGUUUGUGAAGAGCAUUUCGCAAUCGCGAAGUUUCUAGAGAGUAUACCCGAAAUCGUCACCGAUAAGAAAUGGAUUCUUGAUGCUGACAGAAUUGACGUAAAGGCAAGUAAAUUUAUCUAUUAUAUGGGCGAGGAGAUAGGGAAGGAGUCGGACUACGUGUCGAUGCAACCACCUAAGCGGCCUGACGGCCCGAGUACGUCUUGGGCUAGUUACGGAGUACGUCUUCGGUGGGCUCCAUCCCCAGUCUUUCCCCACCUAAGCAGCCUGAGUAUGCCUUGGGCUACACAAGCAGAGGAAGUGAAAGCAUUUUGGAUACAAGUCGACAUUGAAAAAAUCGAGACAGGGAAGAAGCUGAAGGAGUAUGAGAUAGAACUGGGAAAAGCCGAGUUUGCUGCCAAUUCUUUCAAAAUGGGUAAUGAGGUACAUAAAAUCCAGGAACAAGUGCGAAUAGAUUAUGUAUUGAAUUCACAUGCCAACACUAGCCAAGGGAAGAACCAUGAGUCUGAUAAGGUUUCUGGCAAAAAGCGUGCUUUUGCCAGUUUUGAUGAUAAUCCUUUUGUCACGCCUAAGUAUGUCUACUCUACAAAGCGUAAACGUGAAGGGGCAUUGAACGCUGGGACUCAGAAUUUCAAAAUGAAGUUUUUGGGGAUUGACUCAACUGAUGAAGGUGGCAGUGGCAGUGAAAGUGAUAACGAAGAUGAAGAAUAUGAGGACAAAGAAGGCAGUGAUAAUGAAAUUAUUGCUUCAGAUUCUGUGUUUGAUGAUUCUUUCUCCCUGAAAGAUUCAGAAUGGAAGCUAAAAAAUGGUGAAUUGGUGACAGCAGCGCUUGCAAGGGGCACAAUGAAAGUUUUGAAGGAAUCAAAAGAAAAUGCCAAGAAACCUGAUGCAUACAUAAUGAGUGUCAUCCGGCUUGGCCUAUCCGGUAUCGUUGAUCUCACAUCUGAAUUUACCAAUGGCAUGUGGACAUUCUUUGGCGAGGAUUGGGAUAUUCUGAAAGCCAAGAUGUGCAAUAACGGUAAGUAUUGGGAGGCACGAGAGUUCAUCUAUGACGAAAUGAAGAAUCCAAGCAGCGUCAAGUAUCAUCAAAUUCUCAAAAUAUACUUCAAUAUCCUGGAGAUGUUUUUGAAGAAUCCAUAUGUGUUCGUAUGUGAAGAUGGUCAAACGGAAAAGCCCACGGAAAUGGAAUAUGUCGUGAGAAUGAUAGCACCUACCCUAGAUAUUGUAUUUUCUGACGUUACGCAAAUAAUUUGUCUCCGUUGGGGUGAGACAGUGUUCAAAACUGCAUCCGCAUGCCGCAAAAUUGACUUAAAGGUUGUAUGCCAUGGCCGAAAUUUGGAGUUGAGUCACUCAGAGUGUGCUCGAACUACGAUUCCCAGUAAGGCCGUUAGGGAUCGUAGUAAGUGCCUUCGCACAAAUCAAUGCAUUCUCAAUGAGUUUUUGAGGCAAGAUAUAUCAGAGGAUGAUGCCGAGAACUCGGUGAUUUUUGGAUUGCAGUUCGCUGCCCUGUGUGGCCAACUCAUCGGUGUUGAGUUGGUUGAUGAUGGGCUCUACUUUGGUAUUGAAGGGGAUUCCUUUCGUUUCCCGUCCCAACUGACUCAGAUGAAGUUGUUGCGACAUGCACUGGAGGUUAUUUACUUCUUCAAGGAUAACAUCCUGCGCAAGGCAGAGGCACUUGCUAAAGAUAAUCAUCCAUAUAAGAAAAUAUUUAAUUCUAGAAAGCCGAAACCAAAACAUCGAAAAUUAGCAUUCAUCCGAUCUCCAGAUUUCACUUCACGGCAAAAGUCUAAAAAUACUAAUUAG